UUACGACUUAACACGGUAUUUCAAUGAAGACAAACACUUUGCUGACUUUGUGUUCUAACAAUAACUUCCGGCAAAAACACACGCUUUGCCUAAGCAGUUUUAAAAGUUGUGCAAUACAUAGCGAUAUAUCACACCGAAAAGGUUUGUUAUAAUCCAAAUUACAAAUGGAUGAUGAACAGGAAGUGUACAAGCUAUGGAGGAUUAGAAAAACAAUUAUGCAGCUUUGCCAUGACCGAGGAUAUCUAGUAACUCAGGAUGAAUUGGACCAAACGUUGGAUGAAUUUAAAGAACAAUUUGGAGACAAACCAAGUGAGAGGAAGCCAAGCAGAAGUGACCUCAUUGUGUUGGUCGCCCAUAACGAUGACCCCACAGAUCAGAUGUUUGUAUUUUUCCCCGAGGAACCAAAAGUGGGAAUCAAGACAAUAAAAACAUAUUGUCACAGAAUGCAGGAAGAGAAUAUCACGCGAGCCGUCAUCAUUGUUCAGACUGGAAUGACACCUUCAGCAAAGUCGUCCCUUACAGACAUGGCCCCUAAGUACAUCCUGGAGCAGUUUUUAGAAUCAGAACUUCUUGUCAACAUUACAGAACACAUGCUGGUACCCGAACACGUGGUGAUGAUACCGGAUGAGAAAACAGAACUGUUGAGCAGAUAUAAAUUGAAGGAAUCCCAGUUACCUAGGAUACAACAAGGAGACCCAGUAUCACGAUAUUUUGGACUCAAAAGAGGCCAGGUUGUAAAGAUCAUCAGGAACUCGGAAACGGCAGGAAGAUACGUUAGCUACCGACUUGUAGUGUAAUGACCGGGGAUGUGUGAUAGUGUAAUGACCGGGAUGUGUGAUAGUGGGGGUAUGUGUGGGUACUCUGGUGGGUGAAUGUGUGUACUAACAAGUAUGUCUGGUAGGUAGAGAACACAAUCAUUUUAACGGUACAUUGUCCAUUUUCAAAAUAGAGCACACAAUAAUUUUAAUGGUGCAUUGUCCAUUUUCAAAACAGAUUUAAAUUGUUCUUUUUCAUAAUAUGUGAGAAAAGAGAAUAAUGAUAAUUGAUAAGUCAGUUGAAAUAAUUGCAGGCGUAUAUUUUCUGUUCGUUAUCAGUAAUUGGAAUAAACUAAUUCAACAGAUAUCAUAUAUCACCAUUGUAUUGUGUUGGUAGGUGACAGUUUUGGACUUACCUGUACUUGGUUACAUCAAUGGUCCUAGCUUACCAGUAAGAAAAUCACUAAAUUAAAAUUUUCUAUAUGGAAGCAUUAUUGUAUUUAAGGAAAAAUCUUAGUUAAGGAGCUUUCCGUUAAUCCAACAAUACUUUCCAAGAAUAUUUUUAAGUUCAGGAAUAUUUAUGAAACUGUGGCCAGGUGAUGCUCAGUGUAACGCAGUGAGAGUAAGGAUCUGUAGUGAGAUUGAGUGAUAUAAGUCUGCUGUUAGAAUCUUGAACAAUGUUUUUUAACUGUGGAGAAUAAAUACAAAACAAUGAAAGAUGUUUCAUUUCAUUUAAGUUCAAUUUCCAACUUAAAGCACAUGGUGUCUGUGGCCAUGGGCGAUUCUGUUAAAAAGUGACUUUGUGCCCUGUGCCAGGUCAGUAGAUUUGGACUAUCAAUACCUGUAUGUUACACCUGUAUGUUACACCUAUAUGUUACUCUGUAUGUACCUGACAGAAAGCUGAUUAUCUGUUUCUAUCAGGUCAUUGUUACGCCACAUUUCCCCACCUCACCUGUAUGAAUACCUGGUAAUUACAGAGGUCAGCUCCCUGAUUAGACCGUCUGAUCCUUUGAUCAUCAGGGCUAAGGCAGGUGUACAAUCUGUAGUACUUCAGGUAGAAUAAGGUGUGAAGGACACAUGGCUUUGUUUAAAAUCUUGUUACUUUACAAAUCACUAAAUACUAGAGAAUACCUGUAUUAUCUAUAGGUGAUGCUUACCUAUCAGAAAACAACACCUAACAAAUGAUUAUGUGAACUAACACCUGUGUUUUACCUGCUACAGUUCACAAACUAAAACCUGUUUGUACAGAUCAGAAACACAUACUUCUUUUCAUGAUUAUCUUAUUUUGACAGUUUAAUGCUUCAGCUUAGUGUCAGCUCAUCACUGUAGACAAAGUGUGGAUGUAGUAUGUCACUGUUUUGUGUAGGUCACUGUUAUAAUACAUUAUCAUAGUACAAUGAUUGUGUCAUCUACAGCUAUGGUCUUUUGUUGAGGUACAAGGUUUUAUUGACCCAAGAAAAAGUAUAAUAACUGAGGACAAAGCCCUAGAUCAACAUCCAUUUUAUCUCUGGGUGAUAAAAACUGUUAGCCCUGUAUAUUGACCGAACACAAAAAUAGCUACAACAGAUUUAUCAUUUUCUGGUCUGCUACAAUAAGAUAUCACUUAAUUUGAUGUCAAAAGGAAGUUAACUGUCUGAACAUUUUCUCUUUUGAUACUGUUAUCCCAAUACUCACUCACUCCAGUUCAGACUACUAAUCUCCGAAUAAAAAGUAAAAGAUGUUAUGCUGGCUUAAUUUAUGCUGAUAAUUUAGAACAAAAAAUGGUUUUAGACAUUCUGUCUUCAUAGGCUUCAUUGUACAUUUCAGUGGACAAGAAACACGUAACAGGUCAUUUGUAUUAUGCAGCUUUGGUCAAUGUUAAAUGUUACUACCUUCCUGACUUAGCCAUUGAAGGUAGAAAUGUACAUUCUAAUAACCGUAUUUGUGUCAAGCUGAAUGAAGAAAUAUUUCUUGAAUUGUACUUUAAAAUUCCCAGUUUUAAUCUGAUAUGUUCAAGUUAAGUCCUAAUAAAGUAAUUUUCAGAGUGA